AUGGAUUUGGAGGCGUUGCUGCAGGACGAGGAGGAGCUGGAGGCACAGCGCGAAGCGCAGGCAGAAGCUGAACGGGCUGCGCAGCAAGCUCAGCAACCAAGUCAUCGCUUUGGCCACGGCCAUGGUUAUGGCCAUGGGCACGGCGUGCGCUUGACAGCACAAGGUCAUGCAGUGCCACGUCCGGCCAUGCGCGCGCCUACCUACGCCCACCAGCUCCAAGAUGCCUACGACGACCUUCUCAAACGUCAUGCCACAGCCGAGGGCACCAUCGAAACGCUCAAGCUUGUGCAGGGAAAUGGGACCGGCUUUGAUGAUAGCGAUGUCGAGGAUGAUGCCAUCAAUCGCUCGCAAUAUGAAUAUGAUCUCGAGCAAGCCCGAGCCGCCACCCGCCGAGCGCAACUCGAAGCGACGCGCGCCCGAGAGAACAUGCUACACAUGGAGAACGAACUCAAUGCUUGCCGCCGUGAGCUGCAAGCCCAAGCCCAAACCCACGAAGCCAAUCACCAAGCGCGUGGGGAGCUGGAAAACCAGCUCGCGGCCACCGAGGAUCGGCUCGAACGCUGCAUACAGGAAAACGACCUCUUGGUCCAGGACUACAAUGCCCUGGCAGACAGCUACAAUCAGCUCCGUGAAGAAAUGGCAAGCCACGAGCAAGACGACAGCGCACGCACGCAACGCAUGCAAGAGGAAAUCGACUAUUGGCGUUCCCAAUGCCACCAGCAGGAAGAUAGCCGCGUUCACUUGGCAACAAAGCCCACGACGAUCGGCCAGGACCUUCAGCUAACGCCCCAGGACCGUCAGCUACCGCCCCAUCGGCCCACUAGUGCCGCGCAACGGGCCCGGGAUGAACUCUCAGGUAGCAUCGCCGCUGAGUCCGACCCAAGGAAUUUACCCACAACGGCCACUGGUGCUAUCGAUUUGAUGGCACUGCGCUUCGACCUGGGCCAGCUGCUCCAGCAACUUCACGAGGUCGUUUCCGAGGCAUUUUUGGCCCGCCAGUCGCUCGAUCGGUUGACCAGCCUCAGCAACUCACCCCAUGCUCAAGAUCGCGUGUCCCUUGAUCAAGAUAUCGUUGAAGUCCAAGACCAAAUUCGUGAGCUGCGACAGCGUUACGAUCACUUUUGCAAACAACACCAACAGCACGUGUUGCGCUUCCCUGAUCUUACAGCCGUGCCAAGCGAAUGGCUACGGCCACCCACCUUUCCGGCCCUUCCGAUUGACCCACGCUCCAGUGCCCGCCAAGCCGGCCAUGCCGCCAUGGCCACGCAGCGUGCUACCCAAGCCGAACGCCGUGAAGCUCUUCGCCCCGUGCUCGAGACACCCACCUCCGAAUCCCCGCCAACGCCACCCGUAGAUGAUACGGCCACAGCAGCCACCCAACCUGCCACUAGCAUCAGUGCGAGCCACACCGUCUCACGCAGAGAAGCAACGACCCUAUCAAGAGCAUCGGCCGAUGAACAAAGUCAGCAGGCCCACAAGCCAAGUGCGCGCUCACUCCGACCGGUAUCGCUGAGCGAGCUCGAAGCCACAAGUCCGACUGCAUCAGAGGUCGAGGUUGAGCCUCUCCGGCAAAGCGCGAUCAGCGACGAUGCAAUGCAGUCCCCACUGCGACACAGCAUUCUGAAGACGUCGCGCGAGCAACGGGGUUCGCUGGUUGCUGAUUUGGAGCGCUCAGUGCGGUUUGCGAGCGAUGACACCGUCUAUGAUAUCAGUCCAGCGGGGCAACCGGGCGUGCUGUCGCGAUUCUUCUCCAAUGGGGAUCGUCAACCCCGCUUUGUGCCCUCCAAGGGCGUGUCACCCUCAUCGGCCUUGUCUACUGCUGUUGGCCGUCUACCCAAUCUUGCUAGUGCAGCCGUUGGUGCCUCUCCAUCUCUUGCUGGCACCCGCGCUCGGACAGCUGUUCCUACCAGCGCCACGGCAGAGACCAACGACUCGGCCUCCCCCCCGGCCACCACCUCUGUCAAUCAAAAGGAUCCCGAACUUGGACCCUCUUCAGUGGCAUCAUCACUGUCGUCUUCUUUUACCCGCUCCUUCACCAACUAUCCGGAUGGCCAAAGCAUGGAUUCUGUCACUGCAACACCUCGCGCGCAGUUGGCGGACCUCGACCGAUACAACGCCUUGGCUGAAGUGUUUGGCCCCGCAGUUGUUCGGCCCUUGCGACGCGCAGCAUCGCACCGGGCCACGCCACUCAAGCCCCGCCACGCUGGCUCCGCAUCUGCUCCUACCGAUCGGGCGGAUCUUUCCCAAUCUUUACGAACUAGCUCCUUUCUUGGCGAACGAGAGCACAGUAUGACGCGGUCAGUGGGCACGCCCAGCCGCGGAGAGAUUGAGGCCCCUGAUGCGGAUACUCCUUUGAGCAGCACGCCUCGUCGCCGUCACAUGACACGGCGCACAGCCAGUACAGAACCCCCAGAGUGGCCCACAUCCCCCCGCGAGCGGUCCUUGGAAAACUCGUUGCUGCGUUUGCAGGUUGCAUGCGAUGGUUUGCGCGACGAGGUGGAGCAGGCCGACCGUCGGCGCUCAGAGCGGCUUGUACGAGGUCAAUCUCACCCCCCAGCGGAUGCUUCCCUGCUAGCCCACGGGCCCCCCAUGCCCGCAGAUGUGCUAAAUAGCACCCCAUUGCCUGGGCGCCAUACUUCCGCCGGCUUACCACCGGCCGCCGCAGCCAGCCCAGUCGAAGACGUGGCUGCACCGAUUUCCACAUCAGAUCUGAUACCGGUCGUGACUGAUCGUGAGGCCCGCCAUGUGCAGCCCAUUCUGGAUCGGGCAGACGCGGCUUUGCGCCGUUCACGCCGCGCUCUUGGUGACAGUGGGCGGUCAGAAGCCGAGUAA